CUACGUUCAACGUUGCCCGGGUAACACAAACAAAACAACCUGCGUGAGUGCGUGAGGUUUAACAACAAAAUAUCUAUUAGAUUUUUUUAGAAAAUAGACAAAUAUCGGGCAAUUUAAGAAAGAUUUACAACAGUGCAAAUGCAAACUCCUGACGCUCAUGGAUUUGUCAACAUUACUUGGCCCAGUAAAAGCGUUCCACACGGUGGAAUAUUUCAUUCGAGAAUCUCAGAACCGUCUUCAGCUCAGCAGGAGUUACUUAAGGUGUUACUAGAAGAAUCAAAGUUAACUCUCGCUCAACGUCGGAAGGCAGCUUUCAAACUACGCGAGGAGAAAACCGUCGAGACUCCCGCUAGAACAUCGCAAGAAGAGAAAUCUAUCGUCCGGCCACGCACCUCGUGCCGCCGCUCGUUGUCUGCCAUACGGGAGUCUGAAGUGCUUGACGUUGACCACUAUCGUCCAGUUAAACGCGGUGAAGACAGGGACAAGUUAAAAGAACAACUGGCUAACAGAAUGACGUAUGGAGACGCUGAGCAAAAACCACCAGCUCCCCCAAAAGCCUUGGCGAAGCCUGGUCCAAAGUUACCCACCAAAAAGGAGCAGUGGAACGAUAUAUUAACACAAAUACGCGAACGCGCCGAAUGGCUAGCAGAGAUGGAGGUGUUGGGUCACGCGGGCCCACACCGAGAACUCAUACAAGACCAGAUCGCUGAACGUUUGAGGGCUUUGGAUGCUUUGGGCGUCGACAGUAAAUGUUCAUCGGCUAGAUCCAGUGCUUCAGGAUUCAGUGUACUGCAAAGCCAGUGUUCUGGGAAAAGCUCGAAGUCAGUAUCUACAAAUGAAAGCAAAGUUAUUCAGAGAGAUCAAAAAUCAACUAAGAAAAGAACAACCAAACAAAGAAAGCAAGAGGAGAAUGUUGCAGAAUACGAGAAACUAUCGCCAUUGCAAUAUUCACCGAGGCGUCGAGUUUGAAUCAUCGAAAAUUUGCAAAUUUUAAUGAAUUGUUCAUUUUAUUAAAAAGUGGUGAUCUCUUUAUAGAGGUAAAUUAAAUUAUUAAAAUAAACCAUGUUUCCUUACGAGCUAUCAACCAUUUCUAAAAUUUCAGAGAU